AUGAACAAAAGAAUAAGAGGUCGAUGUGAUGAAGCAAUUCGUUUAUGCAAUUUACUUGAUGAAAGUAUAAAACGAUUAAGCGAAAACUUAAAAGAAAAAGAUCGACAUCAUGUAUUAACAUCUGAAGAACUUGGAAAAGCUCAAAAAUCAAUUGCAUAUGGUUGCAUUAAAUAUACUGAUUUAUCUCAUCAUCAAAAUUCGGAUUAUGUAUUUUCAUUUGAUCGAAUGCUUGAUGAUCGCGGAAAUACAGUUGCUUAUUUACUUUAUACAUAUACACGAAUUCGAUCGAUUGUUCGAAUAGCUGAUGUCGAUCAUAAUAUAUUAACAGCCAUAGCAUGUGAUAUUGAUCUUAAUUUUGAAAUUGAAGAAUGUGAAUUGAAAUUAGUUAAAUGCAUCGUUAAAUAUUCUGAUGUGUUUACACGAGUACUUGGUGAAUUAUCAAUGCAUGAUCUAUGUGACUUUAUGUAUCAGUUAGCGAUAAUGUUUAAUGAUUUUUAUGAUCGAUGCUAUUAUGUUGAGAAAGAUAUAAUAACUCGUGAAGUUCAAAUUAAUUAUCGACGAAUACUUUUAUCUGAAGUAAUAGCAAAUGUAUUGAAACAAUGUUUUGAAGUUUUAGGCAUUCAACCCUUAGAACAAAUGUAA